UUGGGAGGACCUCUCUUCGGGCAGUUCAUGCAAAUCAAAACUACGUCGUACUGGAGAUUAGAAGGCCCGCGGGAAGAAUUCUAUGGUCAAGACUCCAGAGCCGGCUGAGAUUGAAAAUGGCAACAUGGUAAUCUCCGGUUACAAACAAAGCACAGCAAAGCUUAAGCUAAACUUAAGCAUGUCCGUUGCGCAAUUAACGAAUAUACCGCCCCCACCAAGUCAUUUUCUUCUUUUAUUCAUUAACGCGUGUCAUCUACGUGUUUCAGUUCUCUUCACUCCAGAUGUCCAAACCCAAGAACCCGACCUCUCUUUCUGCAACAAAACCAGCUUCUUUCUGAUUCUUUCUUUCUUUGUUUCUUGUUCUGAGGACAGAGCAAUUACUAAUCAAUGGCAUGGAGUUUGAGAACUAAAAGUUUUGAGAUUGGAGAUAGAUGGAUUUAUUACAGUGGAAAAAGAGUCCAUUGGUGGGAUGAGAUCGAUGAGUCAGAAGAAUGGCAAAGAGGCAUUUUCUAUUUCUUGUCUGCAUCUUAUGCAUUGGUCUCCAUCACUGCCCUGGUACAACUUUUUCGUAUCCAAUUGAGAGUACCAGAAUAUGGGUGGACGACGCAAAAGGUUUUCCACUUGAUGAAUUUUAUUGUGAAUGGAUUGAGGGCUAUCCUUUUUGGUCUAUACAAGGAUGUGUUUCUCAUUAGACCAAAGGCCCUUGAAAUUGUGCUUUUGGAUCUUCCUAGUCUUCUAUUCUUUUCAACAUAUACAUUACUAGUGCUCUUUUGGGCUGAGAUAUAUCACCAGGCAAGAAGCCUUCCCAUUGAUAAACUCAGGCCCUCUUAUUAUAUCAUCAAUGGACUCGUAUACUUCACACAGGCAUGCAUCUGGAUAUACAUGAGAUUAAGCGGAAGUCCUGCUGGGGAGGAAGUAGCAAAACUCUUCUUUUCAGUUAUUUCAUUUUGCACUGCUCUGGGAUUCUUGAUAUAUGGUGGCAGGUUGUUUGUCAUGCUGAGCCGAUUCCCCAUUGAAUCUAGAGGUCGUCAAAAGAAGCUUCAUGAGGUUGGCUGUGUGACAGGAAUUUGUUGUACUUGUUUUUUGAUAAGAUGUUUUAUGGUUGCCGUCUCAGCCUUCAACAAGAAAGCUGAUCUUGCUGUCUUAACUCAUCCCCUUCUUAAUCUCAUCUAUUACAUGGUGGUGGAGAUUGUGCCAUCUGCUCUGGUGCUCUUCAUCUUGCGGAAGCUGCCCCCAAAGCGCAUCUCUGAUCAAUAUCACCCCAUAAGAUAAGCAAUCCACUCAGUUACAGGCAUUAUCAAGAAACUGUUUCAGAAGAUUUAAGGAAAAAAAAAAGGAAAAAUUGCAGAAGGUUCUUUGAUUGCUUGAGUUAUUGUUCAAUUUUGAACGCUUUCAACAGAACUUCCAUCUCUCUCUUGUAUAUUCUAACUACUUUGAUGAAUUGUACUUCUGUGUUAAAUUUAUUAUUUUGCUGGAAUAAUUUUGUAUAGUCUAUUGCCAACUCUUUCUCUUAAGAGCAGCAAUCUUCGAACCAUCGAACAAGAACCUCUUCAUCACAA